CUCCGUCACGUGACCCCCAGCGUUUCCUGUUACUAUUGUAUUACACUUCCAUGUUGUUCGCCUCAAAACAGCGACCGCAACGUGAACCACAGCGGCGGAAAACUCGCGCAGAUAAGUUUACUUUAACGCCCCCGGCCGCGUCGCACCAGCCCCGUUAGGGAGGAGGAGGAGGAGGAGAAGAGGAGGAGGUGGGGGGUCAAACAUGGCCAACUGUGUGGCUUUCCAGAGCAAGUUAACCUCGAUCAUGGAGAUGCUGGCUAAAGCCGCCGUGGUGGAAAUCGGCAAACUGUGGGAGGACGGCUUCGCCCUCGUGCAGCUCGAGCUCCGCCGCAGGGAGGGCGAGAUCGAAGCCCUGAACCGGAAGCUGGCGUCGAUGGAGAGCGAGCGGCUCUCGGUUCAGGUUCAGACCGGCGAGCCGCCCUCUCCCUCCAAGAGAGAGCAGCGGGACCCGCCCUGCGACGGGCCGAUUAUAGAUUCGGUCCUGACGUUGUUGUCCGACCAGAGCGUCGUGGAGAAGGCGGACGCCUCGGCGAAUCACAGGCCGGAGACGGAGGAGAGGCAAUGCGAGCGGCUCAAGUCGGACUUCUGCGAAAGCGACCGCAGGCACGACGACGAAGACGACGACGAAGAACUGAUCGUCAAGCUGGAGGACGAGGACGACGUCCAGAUCGUGGAGCAGAUCGUGGACUCGGUGGUCGAUGACGACGACGGCAACGAUGACGACGACGACGACGACGGCGGAGCGGGUCACCACGAGAUGGAACUGGACCUCCCGCCCGUCGAGGUUGCGGAAGAACAGGAGAGCCGGCAUUGGCCGUCCGUUUCCGUGGGAGACAGCGACGCCGACGACUCGGACUGCUUCUUCGAACCGAAGCAGCAAAACCUGGACUCGGAAAUCCUGCUCAUCCAGAACGCCUUGGACAUUUUCGAUAAUUCGGCAGAGGCGGCGUACUCGGACGGCGGACCCGGCGCGUCGAGCAAACCGAGGGCCCCCGUGACCUUUAGCCAGGCUCAGCAGAGUCGCCCCACGGAAGCGACGAGUCCCCCGGAGAGAGGCGUGUCCAUCCGAUUCCUCUCGGAGAAACAGGCGCAGGCUAAAAACGCGUCGUUGUCGCCGCCGCCGCCGCUGGCGUUCAACCCCGACGGCAGAUUCUUCCUCUUGAACGACGCCGAGUUGCACAAGACGAUCGCGAGCCGCCGCAUCAAGGAGAAGUGGUUCAUCUGCCCGUUCUGCGGCAAAAGCUUCGACCGCGUCAGCCACCUGGAGAUCCACCAGCGGAUCCACACGGGGGAGAAACCGUACACGUGCGACACCUGCGGCAAGUGCUUCUCUCAGAGGAGCAACCUGCGCACCCACCAGCGGACUCACCGAGAGGCACUUUCCCAAAAUGCACUUUGAUUCAGAGUGGGGGGGGGGGGGGGGGGGGGGGGGAGAGAGAGUAUAGAUGAACUAUUCUGAUAUUUCUGAGUAUUGUAGCCGACGGGUUUUUACUGUGCACUUUUUCUUUGUUUGAGAUGAAUGAAAACUUUAACAUAGCUUGGUGCGCGCGAGGACUAAUCUUUGUAAACCCGGCAGCCGGUUAAAUAACAAAAAAACAUGUCAUUGCCUUCUGCAGGUUACACAUUGUGUGUGUGUGUGUGUGUGUGUGUGGUCUGCAGAGCCUCAUGGAAAGACAGGAGUUAUGAAAACCACAACCUGAGAGAACGAGACUGAACCCGCGGAUAACGCAGGAGUUCGGUCUCGUGUACAUUUUUAUUUAAUUUGCAAAUGUGUCAUGUGAUGUAAAAGUCAUGUGGUAAAUCGACUGCACUUAUAAAAAGCGCCUUGCUAGUUUUCGACCCCCUCGAAGCACUUCAUGCCGACAUUUCUCACACACACACACACACACACGCUUGCACAGCCUUCAGCAGAACAUGUUGGGUUUCAGUAUCUUGCCCGAGGACAUGCGACCUGGCAGGAGCCCGGGAAUCGAACCUCCAAUAACGGAGGACCACCCGCUCCCCCACCUGAGCCACAGCUGCCCCCCCCCCCGCCCCCCACCAUAUGUAUCCAAGGCUCACAAAGACAGGAAAGGAAGCGCUCAACUUCGCACUUUAAGAAUUGUUUAACCUUGCACGCUGGGAGAUGGAGGUCUUUUGCGGCCUUUAGGCGUCGGAGCCCAAGGUCACUCCCCCCUCCCCCAAAUAUCCGCUCCAAGUGGAGGAGCAGCAUCCUGAAAAGGAAUAAUGAUAACAUCACUAGCAGCCGAUUAGCAUAGCUUAGCACAAAGACUGUAAACGGGGGGAAACCGCUAGCGUGCCUCUGGAAUCCGCCUACAAGCACAUUUCGCCGUAAUCGUGCGAUAAGAGAGAGACCAGCCGCCCUGUGAAGAAACAGUUCGUACUGGAACCCACAACCUCGAGUCUAACCGUCAUCACCGAGCCAAUCAGGGAACAGACAUGAACCAGGAAGUCUUAAUUGAAGUUCCUGCAGCAGCUGUGAUCAGUGAUGCCGUUUAUAUCCAAUCGAGCUCGACAGUCCCAGGUUAGAAGAAAGAACAAUGAUGGCUUUUGUUUGCUGUACUUUUAUGAAUAAACAUUUUCGUUAUUUA